CUUUUCGUUUGAAAAAAAUGGCGUCUGUUAUUUUGCGGACGACAGGUCGCCUUGCACAAAAAUUAAAUACAGGCAACUCUUUGAGGAUUCUUGCUGGUUCUAUCCCCCCUCAGCAGUCUCAACAGAGAAAUUUAUCCAUUCAUGAAUACCUGAGUUUUGGUUUAUUGGAGAAGGCUGGAAUACCAAUACCAAGAUACAGAGUCUGUGAAACAACAGAAGAGGUGCAAAAGUCAUCAGCAGAAUUGGCUUCAGAAACAGGUUCAACAGAUGUGGUGGUAAAGGCUCAGGUACUUUCUGGUGGAAGAGGGAAGGGUUCAUUUACAAGUGGUCUGAAAGGAGGAGUCAAAAUCUGUUAUACGCCAGAAGAAGCAAAGAAGACUGCUGAGCAAAUGUUAGGUUAUGAUCUCAUUACAAAACAAGCACCACUGGGCAGACCUUGUAAUACAGUGAUGUUGUCUGAGAGACUGUACUCCAGGAGAGAAUUCUACUUUGCUAUUGCUAUGGAACGUUCUUUUGCUGGACCAGUACUGGUAGGAAGUUCUCAAGGUGGAAUGAAUAUAGAAGAAGUUGCCAAUGAAAACCCACAUGCAAUUAUCAAAGAACCUAUAGAUAUUUUUAAUGGAAUGUCCAGGAAUCAAGCUGUACAAAUGGCAGCACAUAUGGGAUUUGAUCCGUCAUGUAUCGAUAAGGCAGCUGAUAUUAUGAUGAAAAUGUACUAUGACAUCUUCCUAAAGUAUGAUGCAACAUUGAUAGAAAUUAAUCCUAUGACUGAAGGUGCCACAGGUCAAGUUUACUGUAUGGACUGUAAGAUCAAUUUUGACAGCAAUGCAGAAUACAGACAAAAAGACAUUUUUACUUUACAAGAUUGGUCGCAGGAGGAUAAGAGAGAGCACAUAGCAGCUGGACACAAUUUAAAUUACAUAGGUUUAGAUGGAAAUAUUGGAUGUCUUGUCAAUGGUGCAGGUUUAGCUAUGGCUACAAUGGACAUUAUCAAAUUACAUGGUGGUAGUCCAGCCAACUUUUUAGAUGUUGGUGGUGGUGCCACCUCAAAUCAAGUAAUGGAAGCUUUUAGGUUAAUUACAUCAGAUCCAAAAGUACACGCUAUAUUGGUGAACAUAUUUGGUGGAAUAAUGCGAUGUGAUGUGAUUGCCCAAGGGAUUGUAGCAGCUGCAUCAGAAUUACAUCUUAAAAUACCCAUCGUAGUUAGGUUACAAGGAACAAAAGUGGAAGAUGCAAAAGCAUUAAUGGGUGCCAGUGAUCUGAAAAUAAUUGCUUGUGAUAAUUUAGAUGAAGCAGCCAAAAUGGCUGUGAAAUUGUCUACAAUUGUAGGACUUGCUAAAGAAGUAGAUGUGAAUGUGAAAUUUGAACUGCCAUUAUAGAUUGUUUUUGUUAUUAGGUUUUAAAUAUUUAUAUAAAAAAAAUGACACCCCCAUGUUCAGUCUCUGAUGGUUAUGGAAUACAAUUUUUUGCAUUGCCUGUCAAACAUACUCACAGCUGGUUUCAUUUUAAAAUUAUCAUUUAAACACACAACAGAUACAUGAUGUUUCAGAAGAUGAAUGAAUUAGCCAGAGAAAAAAUAUAUCAUUGGCUUCUGAUGUAUUUUAUCUAUUGAAUACCUCUAUUAUUUAUUUAUUUGUUUGAUGAAGCAUGCUUCCCACCUGUUGAUUAACAUCUUAUUUAUGGUCUUAUGAUAAUUUUGAACUAAGUGUAUUAAUUUACUUGCCACUUCUGUAUGUCAUCAUAAAGAUUACAAUAUUUUUGUAUGUUUCUAACUAAAAUGAUAUCUAAUUUCUAUAAAUAGAGUGUCAUUAGUUUCUCUGUAUAAAUAUAUCACAUUAUUAAUAAUUUGGCUUCUGAAUUUGAAUAAACAAGUAAAAUAUUAUGACAUGAAUGAAAUAUCCUAAUAAAAUUAAAUAUCAAAGAAUAAAUUUGAAUUUAAAAAUAAUUUAUAAAAUUAAUGAAAUCCUAAUAAAUCAAACUCAUAUAUAUUUAAUUUUAUGAGCAUUGUUUGGAACAGAGAUUGAUUUGUGAACAGGUAUCUUUAGUUGGAUUUUCAUCUGUUUUUGGUUAAUAAGAAAAACAGAAUUAAUACUAUCACUUAAAGCAUCUAGAUAAUGCACUUUUUUACAUCUCUAAAUAAAAAUACUUAUUACAAAGACGUAUACAUCCACCUUUGUCAAAUUAUAAAUAAUCUGUCCUUGUAACAGCUCAUAUAAGAAAAAAAACAUAAACUAUUUGUAAGCUUCAUGUUGAUGCACAGCUUGUGGAACUCAAUUCAAUUUUAUACGGUUAACGGUUAACGUAUUGCUCCAUUGUCCAUAUGUAACGUUCACUAAGUUAAUUCUCAUUCUGAAUUGCCCAUGCUGGAUACAUGGGUUUUCUUAUUUCACUGACAAGCCAAGUGGUUGAUGAAGUAUAAAUAUGACAGGGAUAAUAAUUAUUCCUAAUAGUUUUGGUUUGUUUCAAGUAUAAUUUAAUUGAAGCAUAAUAAGAUUUUCUCAAAGAUACUGCUUUUGCCUAUUGUUUUCUUUAUAUGUAAAACUUUAUCAACAUUAUUAAAAUUUUAUACUUUACUUACUGCAGUCUAUCUAUUUAUAAUUUUACAGCAAUUACUUUGAAGUAUUAGUUAUUAUUUUUUGUACAGGUUUUACUGUAUAGUCUCAUUUGAAAAAACUUCUAAAUGUAAUAAAUAGCCAAAAAUAUGUUCAGUUUAUUUCAGUAGUAAACUGGACUUAGGACAGGUGUUAUCUUUCAUACAAACCUAUUGGUAAAUCCUAGUGUUAAAGUUUGCACAUACAAAGGAGAAGAUAUAUAUAUAUUUUGAGGAUUAUCUAGUCCUGUGAAAUUAUCAGAAAUUAAAAAAUGAAUUGUA